AUGCCAACAGGCGCGAAACCAACCCUGCGUCCCUCACCCACAGCCUCACCCUCACCCUCACACCUCCCCUCCCACUCUCCCGCUCACACCCGCGGUGCCCCUUUCCUCCCCUUCCACCCCCGAAACCGCAGGAGAUUCGCCGGCCUCGCCGUCGUCGUCAUCGCCAUCGUGGUCAUCGUCGUCGUUGUUUUCGCGCUUACUGAGUUGCGGUAUCUGCGCCGGGGAUGUAUAUCGCGCGUUGGAAUUUACGGUGGUGGAGGCGGACGGGGACGGGGAAGGGGUGGUCAAGAGAGGGUGGUGAACGGGGGUGGUGAAAGGGGGCGUUUUGGGCUCGAAGCGGGGAAGGAGGGAGAAGAGGUGGGUUUGGGGAAAGGGACGUUGGCGGAGGGUGACUUGGGCAUGGGCAGUGAGAUGUUUAAAGCGGAGGAUGAUGGUGGUGAGAAGAGCAGUGAGAUGGCGAUGGUAGGAGCUACUGCUGGCCCGGGUGAUGGAAGUGGAGGAAGCGGAGGAAGCGGAGGGGAACCAAUGCUUGGGGCCAUGGAGAUGGGACUGGGUGGGUUUGGCGGGGGAUUAAAGGAGUACUGUGUAAGAGACGUGCGAAUUCUUUGCUAG